CUUUAGGGUGGUGUGCCGUUGUCUCUUCAUAGAACAGGGCAAUCUGUCUUGAGCAAAACCUGUGUACACCAAGGACCCAGGACCUCGAGUGCCUGAUGGAGACACAGAUCAUAUACUGCUUGCUCUGUGGGGGGAACUUCCUUGGGAAGACUCUGAGACCGACUCUGGGUACUGAAGUUCCCACGUCCUGUUUGGAUAUCAAGUUAAGACUCAAUGGUGUUUUGGGACAGGGGAUGGUCCAUGUGUUCAAAUAAAGAGAGAAGAUUUCUUGUGGUCAGAGAAGGGAAGUAUUUCUAAUAUUGAGGGGAGCAACAGGUUGUGAAGAGUGACGACAUCAAGGGACACAACCAUGGACCUUCAACAGAGGGAUCCAGCCAUCCACCAGGGCCAAACUGGGCCAGGGUCUCUGCCUCAGGAGGCACAGAGAAACCUACAGAAUUUCCUAAAGGGGCAGCCAGUUAUUAUUGGGGUGAGCCAAAUCAUGAUUGGCCUAAUGAAUAUUUGCCUGUGGAUUAUGGUAAAAGUCUUCCUUUCAUUCCAUAAACUACAUCUAUUCCUAGAGGAUACUGUAUAUACCUUCAUUUUCCUUUUGGGACCAACUUUUUUAAUCACAUCCGGAACUGUGUCUAUUGUGUCUGGGAUGAAGACAACAAAACAGAUGAUCUAUGGCAACAUUGGAACAAACACUGUGGCCGCCAUAUUGACAGGAGUGUCCCUAAUAAUCGUUGCAUUCAGAAUAGCCAUAUCCCUUUACUUCCUACCAAGCACAUCAAUUCGUUAUUUCAUGAUUGGGAUUAUGAGUAUGAAGCUUAUCCUCAUCAUCCUCGGACUCAUCCUCUCAGUGUUGCUUUCUGCGUUUGGAUGCAGCGCGGUCUGCUGUGGUACGACCUCGGUGGUUGUCGACUUAUCCUCCAAUGAGUGUGAACUUCCCAUAUCUGCUCUUUAUCAUAAUUAUGAUGAUGUGGCUUUCCAACCCACUUAGUUGUUUGAUAUAUUAACUUUUGAGCUAUCUCUGGAAUUACUUAAAUUUCAUUAUUGGGAGUAAAUUAGUAAUCAAGAAGUAAAUAGUCUUCAGUGUUCUCAGGGGGAGAAAAAGGCUACAGAUUUGCUGAUGUUGACGCUGCUAUGGUCUCCUACUCUAUCCCCAAUCAUGAUUACAUUUGGACAUGAUGAAUGAAGCAUAUGAUUCAUCCGCAUCAGCACUGGCAUCAUCUCACACCUCUUGUAGUGUGAAAUAAAGGGAACAUAUCAAAAAAGUUGUAGGUAUUUGGGACUCUGGUCUGGCCUUGGAGGAUAUGUUCCAACUGCUGACCUAUGCAAUUUCUGAAAAGCCAUUCACUUCAGACUAUAAUGCUAACGCUAUACUGGGAAUUGUGCGAUAGGCCAGCCGGGUAGAUCAUGCUGUUUCUGACACUCGCCCUCUUAAAGAGUACAGAUUUCCAGAAAUAAAUGAAUUAAAAUAAGCCCUGCUCCUAUCCUUUCACCUUGAAGCAGCCAUUGUUUCUUUUCAUUUUAUGUUGUAGUGUUAUCUGUAUCAUGAAGAUUUGACAUCAUGAAGUCAGUUACCAUCUUUUAACCUCAGGAUUUUAUAAAGCCAUUCAAUGAGUAAAGUGUGACUGGUGUAUUAAAAUAGGAAAAUACCCAGGCUGGGUGGCUCAGUCAGUUUAGCGUCUGCCUUCAGCUCAGGACAUGAUUCCAGAGUCCUGGGAUGAAGCCCCAUGUCCAGCUCCCUGCUCAGCCAGGAGUCUGUUUCUCCUUUUCCUCUGCCACUCCCCCCAUCCUCCCACUGGUGCUCUCUCUCACUCUCUCAUUGUCUCAAAUAGAAGAAUAAAAUCUUUUUUAAAAGUAGGAAAAUACAUACACAUUCUGCACACAGGUACUGCUUCUUCAGUGACUAAUCCCUUGCAGGUCCUUAUUCUCUUUGCUUUGUGGAUCCUGAUGCAGCCUGAAAUAACCUACACACUACUUGACAAGGGAACAGUCAUUAUCACAUGUUGACUUUUUUUGACAGGCCUGGAACACUCUCAAUUUGUAAUCUGUCAUCAAAAGAUGCAUGUGGCCUCUCUUAGUAUAUGUCUAACCAAAAUUUAAGGAGAUACUAACAGAUGGCUUAAUGCAAUCCUGCCCCUACCACCUGCAAUAGGAUCGGAAAAUGGCAAUCCGCUGUGUGAUUCUGACUUAACUGUUGUCACAGUUUGAUAGCAUGUUGUCAACUACAGUACAUUUAUUGGCACUUAACGCUGUCUUAGACAUUAGACUCUGGUCUAUGGGAACAACAAAAGACUGUAGAAAAAACAUCUAAUUGUGGCCUAAAAAAUUAAACUUUCUUAUUUUAAUGCUCUUUUUCAGAAAGCAAAGUCUACUUUACAUUUUCUAGUUCUGGAUUUUUUAAAAGAUCCUUUGGGACUUUCUACAUAGACAAUUAUAUCUUCAAUAGGGACAUUUAUAUUUCUUACUUUCCAAAUUCUAAGUCUUUUCUUUCUUUUCUUACCAUAUUACACUGGCUAUGACUUCCAGUAGAUGUUGAACAGGAGUGGGGAGGGCAGAUACACUAGUAUUGGGAGACAGAGGAGUACAUUCAGUAGGUUACUAUUGGGUAUGCUAUAACUGUGGGUUUUUGUAUAUGGCUUUUUUCAAAUAAUGGGAAUUCCCACCUACUACUAGUUUUCUGAGAGUAUUUUUCUUUAUCAUGAAUGAAUAAGUUUUGUCAAAUGCAUUUUCUGUAUAUUGAGAAGACCAUGUGUUUUGUAUUUAUUUUGUCAACAUGAUGAAUUGUAUACAUUGAUUUAAAAAAAUCAGUUUUGCCUUCUUGAAAUAAAUCCCAUUGGUUGUGGUGUAUUAUCCUUUGAUACAUUUUUGGAUUUGAUUUGAUAACACUUUGUUGAAGAUUUUUGCUUCUAUAUUGAAAGUUAUUGCUUCGUAGUUCUUAUGAUAUCUUUGUCUUGUUUUGAUAUUGCAGUAAUGCUGACCUCAUAAAGUACAACGGAUUAUGUUAAAUUAUUAGUUUUUCCUUAAAUAUUUGGUGGAAUUAGUCAGUGAUAUGGCUAAUCAGUUGGAGUUGGUUUUGCUGUUGCUGUUGUAAUGGUUUUGUCUAUACAUUCAAUUUUUUAAAUAGAUAUUAAACUAUUGAGAUCAUCUA